AUGAAAUUAACAUUUCGACCAAAAUCGGGUCUAAUAAUUUUAAUACAUUAUAUAAUAUUAUCAACAUUAUUUGGUAAUGUAAAGGCUAUUUGCGAAGGUAUUGAUGCAGCAUUAAAGGAUUUUUGUGUAGCUUUGGACGCUGUAAAGUAUAAUAAAUGGGACCCAGAUUUACGCGGAGCUAAAGGGGAACUACCUGCCAGCAGGCCAGAAUUACGAUGUGUAAAUUUGAGCUGUUUUUGUCCUGCAGUUAAUGGUAAUUGA